CCCACCUUGAUUGGCCUAUAUAUAUCUCCUUGGUCUCACUUCAUUUGCUGCACAAAUAUAUACCUUUCUUUUCAUUCAUUAAAUAUAUUAUUAUUUGCUUUUAUAGUUUAUUUCUGUGUCAAAAAAAGCCAUGCCAGAAGCUCCCAAAAUCUUAUCCGGCUCUGCGGAUUGCAUUGAUGAUAUCGUCGUGGAAAACAAUAACAAGGUGUUAAAGUUUAUUGAAGAUGUUACUGCUGAUGCUGAUGAAGUGCAAAGGCGAGUUCUGUCCGAAAUUCUCUCUCGUAGCGCCAACGUUGAGUACUUGCAAAGAUAUGGUCUUAACGGGUGUACUGAUAGAGAAACGUUCAAGAAGGUGAUCCCUGUCGUCACGUAUGAAGAUUUAAAGCCAGAUAUUGAGCGUAUUGCCAACGGUGAUACUUCACCAAUUCUCUGCUCUCAACCUAUAUCAGAGUUCUUAACAAGUUCUGGUACAUCUGCUGGUGAGAGGAAACUGAUGCCGACGAUAGAAGAGGAACUGGGGAGGAGAUCGCUGCUUUAUAGCUUGCUGAUGCCUGUGAUGAGCCAAUUUCUUCCAGGUUUGGAUAAAGGGAAAGGAAUGUAUUUUUUGUUCGUAAAAUCAGAAGCUAAGACCCCAGGGGGACUAGUGGCUCGUCCAGUCUUAACUAGCUAUUAUAAAAGCUCACAUUUUAAGAAUAGGCCUAACGAUCCCUACACCAACUAUACAAGCCCCAAGGAAACCAUUCUAUGCCUAGAUUCUUACCAGAGCAUGUACUCUCAGUUGCUUUGUGGCCUUUUUCAAAACGAAGAUGUCGUUCGGGUCGGUGCAGUUUUCGCUUCUGGUUUCAUUCGAGCUAUCCAGUUCCUCGAAAAACAUUGGAGUCUUCUUUGUAAAGAUAUUCGAACAGGAACUAUAGACUCUAAAAUCACUGAUCCAUCUGUAAGGGAAGCUGUCAUGAAAAUCCUGAAACCUAACCCCAAGCUUGCUGAUUUUGUUGAGGCAGAAUGUAGCAAAGGGUCAUGGAAAGGAAUCAUAACUAGACUGUGGCCUGAGACUAAGUACAUAGAUGUUAUCGUUACAGGAACCAUGUCACAGUACAUUCCUGCACUGGAUUAUUACAGCAACGCCCUCCCCCUUGUUUGCACCAUGUACGCUUCAUCCGAGUGUUACUUCGGGAUUAAUCUCAACCCACUUUGCAACCCUAGUGAGGUAUCCUACACCCUUAUUCCCAACAUGGCGUAUUUCGAGUUCUUGCCGGUGACCAGGAAAGAUGAGUUAACCGGUUCCAUCUCUGAACCAACCGCCCUGAAUGACAAAGAAAAACAACAACUGGUCGAUCUUGUUGAUGUCAAACUUGGACAAGACUAUGAGCUUGUUGUCACAACAUAUGCUGGUCUUUAUCGUUAUCGUGUUGGAGACAUACUUCGUGUAUCAGGAUUCAAGAACAAAGCCCCACAAUUCAACUUCAUAUGUAGGAAAAACGUUGUUCUUAGCAUUGAUUCUGAUAAAACCGAUGAAGUGGAACUGCAAAAUGCAGUGAAAAACGCUGCAAACCAACUUUUGCAAUAUGAAGCAUCUCUGGUAGAAUACACCGGCUAUGCAGACACAUCGGCAAUCCCUGGCCGUUAUGUGCUAUUCUGGGAACUCAGUGUUAAAGAUUCAACUUUAAUUGCGCCAUCGGUUUUUGAGGAUUGUUGCUUCACAGUUGAAGAAUCACUCAACAGCGUCUACCGCCAAGGGCGAGUUUGUGACAAGUCUAUUGGGCCAUUGGAGAUAAGGGUAGUGGAGAAUGGCACAUUUGACAUGCUCAUGGACUUUGCUCUAAGCCAGGGUUCAUCUAUAAACCAGUACAAGACACCAAGGUGUGUCAAAUAUGCUCCCAUUAUUGAGCUUCUAAAUUCAAGGGUGAUUUCGAGUUAUUUCAGUCCAAAAUGUCCUAGAUGGACAGCGGGUCACAAGCAAUGGUGCACUCAAAACUAAACAAUUAAGUUAAGCAAUGAGAAAGUGAUCCUAGGAGCUUUUACCAACAUCUUUCUUUGUAAUGGAAAAAAAAAUGGUGUGAACUUUGUUUGUAAUUAAUUGUUGGCUCAAGGCUCUUUGGUGUCACAGUGGGACCUCACAAUCUCAGACUCCUUUUCAAGAAAAAUAAAUAAAUUCAGCACUUUUAACCCUUUAAA